UGUUGUUACUGAUACAGUCGGUGCUGAACAACAUACACAGACACUAUAGCCAUGUCCACCUCUCUGAGAGUCAGCCCAUCUGUACAUGGGUACCAUUUUGACACAGCUUCCCGGAAGAGAGCCACAGCCAACAUAUUUGAGGGUGUAGAUCAAGACUCCCUGCAAAGGCUGUUUAAAAAAAGUGGUGACAAAAAAGCAGAAGACAGAGCCAGAAUAAUCUUCUGUAUUGACCAGGAUAAUGAGGAGAAAGCCCGAGCAUUACAAGCUCUAAGACAGAGGACCAGAGAUAAGAUUAUGCAAUUCCUCAAACUUAAAAAGCUUCCACUCAAAGUGAUGAUCUGAGAUUCUGCUCCAGAGAGCUUGCAAUCUAAUUCAAGUAUGGCGAAGAGGAAAAAAAAGAAGCUCCCCAGAGAGUUGUCUGGACUGGAGAAAUCUAAUCCAAGGAUGGUCCACAGAACUGGCAAAUCCAACGUUACCAGAAAGGACUGGGAUAGCUGAGUAUCAAGUCUAGAGGAGUAUUCCUCAAAUCUUAAAAGACUGGGCUUAAUAACUGGCCAUGCAAUUUUAAGAUGGAGAAAUGUUCAAAUAUAAGAGACUGGUGUGAAGAGCUUGCAAUCCAAUCCUAAAGUCGCUCUGUGAGUUGGUGAUCAACAAAAAGGUGCCUGUUUGGAAGAUGCAAACACCUGUAUCCAGAGAAUGUGCAGGGUGUUGGUAGAGACAUGUGCCCAGCACACCCUCCUUGCAGGGUAUUUGGAGGGCAGACACAUACAGACUCUGCAGUGUUAAAGGGUCUGAGCACAGAGAAAGAGACACAGGACUGAUAACUUAUUGUACCACGAAGAAUGACUUUCAUUUGCUGAUAUUUGGUGCUGUUAUAAACGUAUUACCUAAAUUAUUGAUUUUGCCUUUUACUAUGUUGUUUUUUUUAAAUAAAUAUUAUUAAUUUAUAUGCUUA